AUGGAGAAGUUGGAUGCCGAGGCCUUCUCCUUCCACUUCCUCAACAUGGAAUUUGUCUAUGAUCGGAACUGCUCCUACCUCUGCUACCAAGUGGAAGGAAGGUUGAGCGGCUCACCUGUCCUCUCUGAACAGGGGGUCUUUCCAAAUGAGGUCUGUGGCAAGACUCGCCGCCACGCAGAACUCUGCUUCCUCGAUUGGUUCCGCGGCAGGCUGUCCCCUGACGAGUAUUACUGUGUCACCUGGUUCAUAUCCUGGAGCCCCUGCUCCAACUGUGCCAGGGAGGUGGCCGAGUUCCUGAAGCGGCACAGGAACGUGGAGCUGAGCAUCUUUGCCGCCCGCCUCUACUAUUGCCGAGACCACGAGCAGGGGCUUCAAAGCCUGUGCAAUCGUGGAGCCCAGCUGGCCGUGAUGUUGCGCAAGGAUUUCACAUACUGCUGGGACAACUUUGUGCACAACAGUGGAAGGGAAUUCAGUCCUUGGGAAAACAUUGAUGCAAAUUCUGAUCUCCUGGCCAGAAAGCUUGAGGACCUUCUCAAAAACCCAAUGGAGAAGCUGCAUCGAAAGACCUUCUCCUUCCACUUCCGCAACCUGAAAUUUGCCAAGGGUCGGAAGUGCUCCUACCUCUGCUACCGAGUGGAAGGAAGGUUGAGCGGCUCACCUGGCCUCUCUGAACAGGGGGUCUUUCUAAAUGAGGUCUGUGACGAGAAUUGCCGCCACGCAGAACUCUGCUUCCUCCAUUGGUUCCGCGGCAGGCUGUCCCCUCACGCGGAUUACCGUGUAACCUGGUUCAUAUCCUGGAGCCCCUGCUCCAACUGUGCCAGGGAGGUGGCCGAGUUCCUGAAGCAGCACAGGAAUGUGGAGCUGCACAUCUCCGCCGCCCGCCUCUACUAUUGGCAAAGGAAUAAGCCGGGCCUUCGGAACCUGCGCAGCAGUGGGGCCCAGCUGGCCAUCAUGUUCUUCUGGGAUUUCAGAGACUGCUGGGACAACUUUGUGCACAACAGUGGAAGGCACUUCAUUCCUUGGAAAAAGAUUAAUGUAAAUUCUCGUCUCCUGGCCACAAAGCUUGAGGACCUUCUCAAGUGA